AUCGAUCGAAAAAGGAAACUCUCAGUGUUGGAAAAGUUGAGGUGCUUCCAAGCAAGUGCGCGGCACUUGCCUCGAAGAAAGUAUACACGUCUAGAAAGACUUCUCUGGUUGAAAAUGCUUGAAUAAAGAUGAAAUUAUAUCUGUAGUCAUUGAAAAAAUCAACACGUCAUUGCAGAAAACGUAGUAUCCACAUAAGUCUAAACAAAAUCUGUUCUCUAGACCUUCUCUGUUUCUCUCUAAUCCUGCAGGUCAUCACUGAUUCUUGUAAAGACGGAUGGGGAUUCACUGGAAUUGUCUUGCAGCUCAUACUUUAAGUCGAACUUCCGUUGCUGCCCCAGUUCCAGACCUAGACUCGGACUCGGACUCCCCUCGUGAUUCCAUCUUAAAACUGGUUGAUGUUGAUGCAUCUCCUAUGGAUUCCGCUGAAUACAGCUGCUGUUUCACAAUGGUAACUGCCUGUAUUUCAACAUGGAUGUCUAAUGCACCUCUUUCGGGUGAGAACAACGUAAUACUUGGUGCAUUAGACAAUUCAAAGUUGAGAGAUUUCACAUAUGAAGAGUUGAGGGCAGCGACCUUCAACUUUAGUAUGAAUCUGCUGAUUGGAAGGGGAGGUUUUGGCAAUGUCUACAAGGGUUGGCUCAAGGAGCAGAUGCCAGCUAAGGGUGCUAGGAACCGAGCAAUUGCUGUCAAGAGAUUAUCUGGACGCAGCAGACAAGGAUAUCUAGAAUUUGCGACAGAGAUCAGUUUACUGGGAAUGGUGUCUCAUCCGAACAUUUUGAAGGUUUUGGGUUUUUGUCGUGCAAAUGAAGAGAAGAUCCUUGUCUAUGAAUACAUGCAAAAACACGGCUUAGACUACCAUUUAUUUUCCAAGAAACCAGAACGAGUACUUUCAUGGGAAAUUAGGCUUAAAAUCGCGAUAGAAAUUGCUGAAGGACUGUCUUACUUGCAUACAUUAGAGCACCCAGUAAUUUUCAGAGAUAUGAAGCCCUCAAAUAUACUACUUGAUAAGUCCUAUACUGCGAAGAUAGCAGACUUUGGACUGGCAAUCCAAGCACCUGCACCCUUGAGAGAGCAUGAUGAAUAUAUACAAGAAGAUAGAAUUGUUGGCACAUAUGGUUAUAUGGAUCCUCUUUAUGCUCAGACUGGGGAGUUGUGUGUGAAGAGCGAUGUUUAUGGCUUUGGUGUUGUUUUGGUUCAGCUGCUAACUGGUUCAAGAUUAACAAAAAAUAUCAAUGAUGAUCAAACCGUGGGGGAAUGGGCCGAGAAAUAUCUAAGUAAUAGAUUCAGGUUGAGAGGCAUAAUGGACUCCAGGUUGGAGGGGAAGUAUGUUACUGGGCAGGCUUCAGAAAUAGCAAUGCUUGCUCUGAGAUGUCUCGUUCGUAACCCCAAAUUCCGUCCAUCAAUGAAAGAAGUUGCCGAGACACUAGAGAAGAUCAAAACUCGUGCUUAUAACCAGAAACAUCUUGUCAUGUGUGGGAAGUGCCAUAAAGCUGGACACUACACCAGGUCUUGUGACAAGAUCAGUCAUGUUGGAGGGAAUUCAAAGCUUCCAAAUGCAAGUGAAGCAAUAACAGAGAAGAGGACUUCUUCCACACAAUCAACCGUCCAACAAGACUGCCAAAGGAGUGAGGCCAGUAGUGGUGUUGUAACAAAGACACUUCAAACAACUCCCAGCAAUUCAAACGUACUAGAUGCAAGUAAUGGAACGAGCAAUGAGAAGACUUCAGCAACUCAAUCACCUCAUCGCCAGCAAGGAAGCAAAAGGGAUGAGGCAAAUCGCGUUGGUACCAACAAACCUAGGAACAAUCAUCUUAUAAGAAAAACAACUGCCGUCGGAGGUGAUUCGAAGGUACUUGAAGCAAGAAAUACAACAAAAAAGGAGAAGACGACUUCUUCUAGAUUGACUGUCCAACAAGGUAAUACAAGAAAGGAGGCAAAUGGUGUCGCUACCAGCCCAUCUUGUAACAACGGUCCUAAAACCAAAAUUCCCAGGAAUUCAAAGCUACUAAAUGCCACUGAUGCUAUGAAAAAGGAGAAGAUUUCUACGACCAAAUCAAUUGUCCAAAAAGGUAAAAAGAGAAAUGAGGCAAAUGGGGUUGGUACUAGCACACCUCGUACCAAAGGUCAUGGAAAAAUAACUACAAGCAAGUCAGAGCUAUCAAAUGCAAGUAACGUAGCAAGGAAAGUGAAAGCUUCUGUCCAACAAGUUAACGAAAGGAACGUGGCAGCUGAUGGUGGUAUCUGCAUAAAAUAAACCAAAAGAAGAAUGUAUAUAAGAAUGUGUCCAAACGAAAGGCAAGUGGACUGCGUUUCACAAAGCUUGAAAUUAGAUGAUGCAAAAUCUCGACAUCAUGCUGGCCGGGAUGACCCCUAGAUGACACAUUUUAACUGGCUUUAAAUUUGUUCUCGAAAUCAGAUGCUUCGUUUUUUCUGGGUACUAUUGCCUCUGUUAACAGAUGGUUCUGUAUGGCAACCACAAAUUUUUCAGCACAGUUGUCUCUAGCAAGUGGUGUAUUUGCAGCCAUGCGGGGAAACAAGGUCACCGAGGACAGAGAAUUCCCUGUUUCACCAGAUGAAGAGGAACCUUGAGAGCUUCAGGUUUCUUACCGAAAGAUGCAUCAGCCUUCAAAUUGCUUAUAUCUAUCAAGCAUUUGUAUUUCUCUGGAUCAGCAUGCACUUGCUGUCCUUGUAUUCCCCUGCUAUCCGCUGCAUUUCGUGUCAAUCAAAGCCAGUGUCUCACAAAAUGCAAGUUCCUUUUUUGUC